GGGUUACAAGAGGUUACAGGGUGUUACAAGGGGUUACAAGGGAUUAAAAUGGGUUACAUGUGGUUACAGUGGGUUACGAAGGGUUACAGGGUGUUACAGGGGGUUACAAGGGGUUACAAGGUGUUACAGGUUGUCACAAAGGGUUACAGGAGGUUACAAUGGGUUACAAUGGGUUACCAGGGGUUACAGAGGGUUACAGAGGGUUACAAGGGGUUACAAGGGGUUACAGGGGGUACAGGAGGUUACAGGGAGUUAGAGGGGGUGACAGGGGGUUUCAAGGGGUUACAAGGGGAUACAGAGGGUUACAAGGGGUUACAAUGGGUUACAGGGGGUUACAUAGGGCUACAAGGGGUUCAAAGUGGUUAUAGAGGGUUACAAGGGGUUACAAGGGGUUACACGGGGUUACAAGGCGUUACAAGAGGUUACAAGGAGUUACAGGGGGUUACAAUGGGUUAAAAGGGGUUAUAAUCGUUGACAAGGGGUUACAGGGGGUUUAAGGGGGUUACAGGGGGAUACAAGGGGUUACAAGGGGUUAUAAUGGUUGACAAGGGGUUACAGGGGGUUAAAGGGGUUUACAGGGGGAUACAAGGGGUUACAAGGGGUUAGAAGGGGUUACAAGUUGUUACAGGGAGUUACAAGGGGUUACAAGGGGUCACAAGGGGUUACAAGGGGUUACAAGGAGUUUCAGGGGGUUACAAGGUGUUACAAGGGGUUACAGGGGGUUUCAAGGGGUUAAAGAGGGUUACAGAGGGUUACAAGUGGUUACAAGGGGUUACAGGGGGUACAAGUGGUUACAGGGAGUUAGAGGGGGUGACAGGGGGUUUCAAGGGGUUUCAAGGGGUUACAGAGGGUUACAAGAGGUUACAAGGGGUUACAAAAGGUUACAGGGGGUUACAAGGGGUUAAAAGUGGUUUUAGAGGGUUACAAGGGGUUACAGGGGUUUACAAGGGGUUACAAGAGGUUACAAGGAGUUACAGGGGGUUACAAUGGGUUACAAGGGGUUAUAAUGGUUGCCAAGGGGUUACAGGGGGUUAAAGGGGGUUACAGGGGGAUACAAGUGGUUACAAGGGGUUACAGGGGGUUACAAGUUGUUACAGGGGGUUACAAGCGGUUACAAGGGGUUAUAAUCGUUGACAAGGGGUUACAGGGGGUUAAAUGGGGGUUACAGGGGGAUACAAGGGGUUACAAGGGGUUACAGGGGGUUACAAGUUGUUACAGGGGGUUACAGGGGGUUACAAGGGGUUACAAGGGUUAGAAUGGGUUGCAAGGAGUUACAGUUGGUUACAAGGGGUUACAAGGUGUUACAGGGGGUUACAAGGGGUAACAGAGGGUUACAGAGGGUUACAAUGGGUUACAAGUGGGUACAGGCCUUAUAAGGGGUUACAAAAGGUUACAGAGGGUUGCAAGGGGUUAGAAGAGGUUACAGGGAGUUUCAGGGGGUUACAGCGAGUUACAGGGGGUUACAAGGGGUCACAACGGAUUACAAGGGCUUACAGGGGGUAACAGGUGGUUACAAGGGGUACAAGGGAUUACAAGGGGUUACAGGGGGUUACUGGCGGUUACGAGGGGUUACAGAGUGUUACAGGGGGGUUACAAGGGGUUUCAAGGGGUUACAUGGGGUUACAAAGGGUUACAGGGGGUUACAAUGGGUUACAAUGGGUUACCAGGGGUUACAGUUGGUUACAAGGGAUUACAAGUGGUUACAAGAGGUUACAGGGGGUUAGAAGAGGUUACAGGAGGUUACAAGGAGUUACAAGGGGUUACUGGUGGUUACAUGGGGUUACAAGUGUUACAAGAGGUUACAGGGAGUUACAGAGGGUUUUAAGGGGUGACAAGGGGUUUUAGGGUGUUUUGAAGAGGUUACAGGGGGAUCUCAACGGGUUACAAAGGGUUACUGGAAGUUACAAGGGGUUACAGGGAGUUACAAAGGGUUACAGAUGGUUACAAAUCGUUACGACGGGUUACCAACGGUUAGAGGGCAUUUUUAGGAGUUUCAAGGGUUAGGAAGUUGUAGGGGUAAUAGGAGGUUACAGGGGGCUGUAAGGGGUUACAGAGAGUUACAAGGGGUUACAAGGGAUUACAAGGGGUUACAGGGGGCUACAGGCGGUUACGAGGGGUUACAGAGGGUUACAGGGGGUUACAAGGGGUUACAAGAGGUUACAGGGGGUUGCAAAGGGUUAGAGGGGGUUAGAAGGGGUUACAACGGGUUACCAUUGGUUACAGUUGGUUACAAGGGAUUGCAAGUGGCUAGAAGAGGUUAGAGGAGGCUACAAGGGGUUACAAGGGGUUACUGGGGGUUACAAGAGGUUACAGGGAGUUGCAGGGGGUUACAAGAGUUACAAGGGGUUACAAGGGGUUACAAGGGACUACAAGGGGUUACAGGGGGCAACAGGGGGUUACAAGGGGUUACAAGAGGUUACAGGGUGUUAUAAGGGGUUACAAGGGAUUAGAAUGGGUUACAGGUGGUUACAGUGGGUUACGAGGUGUUACAGGGGGUUACAGGGGUUACAAGGGGUUACAAGGUUUUACAGAUUGUUACAAAGGGUUACAGGGGGUCACAAUGGGUUACAAUGGGUUACCAGGGGUUCCAGUUGGUUACAAGGGAUUACAGGUGGUUACAAGAGG